UGGAUUUCCCUUCAGGCAGUAGAUAAAAUUCAGUGCACAGAGAAUAUAAAUAUAUUGUUUCAUAUGAUCUCUCACACAUAAAUUUCCUGUUCGAAAAUGAUGAAAAACAAUUUACUUUUGGACACGCUGCAUGCGGUCGAACAGGUGGAGAUAUCCUUCGACCAGACCCUGCGCACGAUCAGCGAAAUCAAUCAUCGGUACAAACUGGUCUCGACCCUCAAGAAGGGCUCCGCCCGCGGCCGGGACUCGUACGAGCGGGAGAUCCAGGCAGCCAUCACGGACGCCGCCGCCCGCUCGAAAGUCCCCGCCAAGAAGGGCAGAAAGAAGAAAGCCACGCCCCCGAAGAGAAUCAAAAAGUGGAGGACAUUUAGCGCCAGCUUCGAGUGCCUGAGCGAGCAGGAGGACGAGCUGGAAGCCCCCGCUCCACAGAUGGACCUGGAAGUACCGAACAGCAUGUACAUGCAGGCCAGUGGCACACAGUUCUACCACAUCGAGUGCAACUGCAACAUUGUGGUGCCCAAGAAGACCUACAAGGAGCGCAUCGAGCGACUGCAUCGGGCGGCGCAGCAGAAGUUGCAACAGCAGUGCCAGGCGUUCAGCAAUCGGUGCGUCAACCCAGAGCCCCAGAGCCCAGAGCAGGACGAAGACCUUCGGAAUUGCUGCAGCAAUUGCUGUCCGUAUUGCUGUUGCAACUGUUGCGAGUCCUACUGACAAAUUCCCAAAUGUUCCCCCGCAAAUCUUAUGUUAAGCUUUUGUGAAUAGUUGGAUUUUCUUUUCUUUUUCUUUGCAUAUUUUUAGGCAUUUCUUUUAUAAACGUUUAUUAAAGCACUGACUCUGAAUGUUGUGGUACUCUUUCCAGAAACCGAUUCUUCAAAGACGAAGAUGAAAUGGCAACAGCUUCCCAAAUGAAAUCCCCUCUAGGAAAUGGAAAUUGGCAUACAUUCCUGUGGCAAAGACGACUCUGAAGGCAUCAAUGACAGAGAGCUGAGCCGCACCUACGGUACGACUUAUUCGUCCAUUCGAAGGACCGCUUUGAGCCAACCGAUGUGCAGCUAAUCAAGCUCUCCUCAUCUCCAAUGACACCACAACCCAGCACACCCCCUAGAAGUCAAUCGUAUGAAGGCAUUCAUUUCUCAAGCGUUCCCAGGAUGCCCCUCUAUCAUUGAGCGUCAGGGUGACAAAUGAAGGCCAUAGACAGACAGAUAGACAGAGUGCCGCAGUAAAUGCAUUCGGUCUUUUUCAUGAAUCCUUGGCUACUGUGGACUAUCGAUGGAUCGACUUUGGGAAUUUGUUGAGCAGAGAAACGUUUCUUUGGAAAAAUCUGGCAAUCCUCAUACAACCUGUGUACUCGUAUGUUCAAGCGGACAUCUGCAAGAAAAGACGAUUACCAUUUUGACAACAGCCUAAGCCACAUCAAUGGCAUCGCCUUGAAGAGGUAGUAGGGAAAAUGGAAAGGCCUUCAAAUAUGAGCUGCCAGGGAGGAUCAAAGGGGCGGCCCAAGCGGAGCAAAGUGAGACCCUCGCGUCGCGUGGCCUGAAUGAAUCUCUCCAACUGGUGGAAGAGCAGACCCAGCGUGGAGACGCUGCUGUCAGGAGGAGCUGCCAGAAUAGUUAAGGAGGAAGAUGCACAAGAUGGAACUUUGGAACUCACUUGUAGAACGGGUGACCAUCCAUCCAACCACGGCGAUGUUGGUCAGGGACAAGGCAGCUUCUUUCUGUUCCUUGGAGCAGCAAUUGAGAAUCACUAUAUUUUUUGUAUUUGAAUGUAUAAUAGAGCAUGUAAUUAUAGCAAUUAAAGUACGACUCAACAUCCUGCA